CUUUAUAGGCCAAGCUCAGCGUCUCCUCCGUUCAACCAGAUUCAAUCCGGCGAUCUCAGAGCUCUCCUGCUUCCAUCUAUCUGAAGAAGUUCAGGCGAGAGCAGCAGAGCAGCUAGGGAGAGGAGAAGCAGCAGAAGUAGCUGGGGAUGGACUCCGUGGAGAGGUCCAGGAGGAGGGCGCAGCGAUGGAGUAAGCGCAAGGCCGCCGUCGUCCACCUCGCCGUCUGCUUCGUCGUCGGCGCCUUCGCACCGCUGGUCGCCACCCGCGGCCCGUUGAUCGACGGCAUCCGCGCCUCGUUUCUUCCGUUUGGCGGUGUUCAGCGAGUGGCUCCGCCGUCGGCCCCUGCUGCCCCCGACAUCGGCCUCCUGCUGAUCGUCACCGUCACACGGCCGGACGACGACGUUGUGUCGCAGGAGGCGUCGCUGACAAGGCUUGGGCACACGCUGCGGCUCGUCCCGCCGCCGUUGCUAUGGAUCGUGGUUGGGGCCGAGAACAGGUCGGCGUCAACGGUCCAGGUGCUCCGCGGCACCGGCGUCAUGUUCCGGCAUCUCACCUACGCCGUCGGCCAGAACAACGCCACCAACAUCACCACCGCCGUGAACAACGCCACCACCGACAUCACCGUGAAAGCCAGAGCCACCACCGCCGUGAACACCACCACCAACAUCACCAUGGAAGCCAGCGCCACCACCGCCGUGAACACCACCACCAACAUCACCGUG